AUGGAAGAAAACUUAUACUUGGUAGACGGAGGAUUCUCGAUUAACUCUCCUUUUCCCCUGGUUCUGCAGCCUGAGAGGGAUGUUGAUGUUAUUUUCUCCUUUAACUACUCAUGGGAUGCUCCAUUUGAGGUGCUGCACUUGAGCUCCACCUACUGCAGAGAGAGAGGCAUCCCCUUUCCAGAAAUCACCUUGACCAAAGAGGAUGGGAAGCAGCCAAAGGAAUGCUACGUGUUCUUGGACCAUAAUAACCCUAGAGCUCCCAUAGUGCUUCACUUCCCCAUGGUCAACAACACAUUCCAAAAAUUCAUAAAACCAGGAGUCGAGCGGAAGACUGAAGAGGAGAAAUUAAAUGGAGAAGUAGACUUAAACAGAAAGGAGUCACCGUACCGGACAAAGAACUUUACAUAUGAGCCAUAGCCAGUGCUUGAAUUGGGGCGGGAUGCGGCGGGAUGGCAUGCCGUUACUUUUUUUAAAUGACUCUUCUCCAUCCCGUCGGGCGGGAUGGUGCAAUUGAUAAUACCGGAGCUAUGUGGAACUGCUCCUUUUUUUUUUUUUUUAACAUUUCUCGGUGUUUUGGCGCUGUGUUUUAGGACUGACAGGUGAUCAUAGCCAAUUAUGUGAAGAGUGCUAAAUUUUACUAAACCCUAUUGGCUGGGCGGCCCUGCAUGAUAACAAAUAGCUGCGCACUGCAGGCGCGCGCCAAUUAAUCAGUGUGAGGAGGACGAGGAGCUGCUGCUGGAGUGUGAGGGCUGGGCCUGCAGUAAACCUGUGGCUGCUAAUUAGUGCAGGCUGCUGUCCCCACAAGCAAGGGCUGAUGAUGAUGCUGUCUCCAUGGCUCAGACUGCUGCUCCUGUUAUCUCAGCCACUUUUGGUGCCAGGUAGUUUUGUCCCUUGGUGUGAUCAGGCAAUUAGCAGCAGAAAAAGGAGAAUCUGCACCCCUCCUCUCCAUCACCCCAGAGGCAGGAGGAUUUGUGUGAGUCUUCAAUCAUGCGGCUACCUGUGAAGAUGCAACUGUUUUGACUUUUCAGCAAGUGGACUAGACAUCUGGACAAGCUACACCCCCUGCACUCUCUGAUGUGGUCUAAAAUCUUCACUAGUUGCCUAGGCCUCUGGAUUUCAAAAAGCAUUUAGGACUUCAGGAGCGUGGAUCCUCUUGAAUGGAGACCAUGAUGUGGGACCAGAAGCUUAAUGAGUCUGUUGAGAAUUCAACACAUGUUUUUUCAGGCCUUGACCUUCUCUUUGAUCUCAAGCCUCUGUUUAUUCCAAUAUACGCCUUGUUGGUGACUGUGGCAUGUCUAGGGAACUGCACUCUAAUCCUAUUAAUUGCUUUCACAAAGAAACUUCACAACACCACUAAUUUCCUCAUUGGAAAUCUAGCAGCAGCGGACUUGGUUAUGUGCAUUUUCUGCGUCCCUCUUACUGCUUCUUAUGCCUUUGAGAUACGUGGCUGGCUAUUUGGGGAAUUCAUGUGUCACUUUGUCACACUAAUGCAGGCUGCCACUGUCUGUGUGUCUGUCCUCUCUCUGACUGCCAUUGCCGUGGACAGAUAUGUUGUUGUGGUUUACCCAAUUAGAAGAAGAAUAGGAUGCAGGUCAUGUAUAUACAUUGUUUCUCUCGUCUGGCUCAUUUCCAUCGGGAUUUCCAUGCCAACCUUCUUUCAUACCCACUAUUUAGAUCUGAAGUCUGCUGGGCAUGAUAUGAUCAUUUGUGAGGAGUUCUGGAGGAAUCAGGAGAAGCAGCGUCUACUCUACUCUUGCUCAUUGCUUCUCUUGUAUUACAUGCUCCCACUCUCUGCAAUCACCAUCUCUUAUUGUGCCAUUGCCUACCACCUGAGAAAGAGGAAUGUGCCCGGGGCCACGUCCCACAACCAAGAUAGAUGGUCCAAAAAGAAACAGAAGACAUUCCGUAUGCUCAGCAUCUCCGUCAUGGCCUUUGCAAUCUGCUGGAUGCCUCUUCAAAUACUCAACCUCAUCCGAGAUAUUGAUGAAGAGUUUGCAAUUCUAGAUAAGAAUUAUAUUAAUGUCAUUCAGGUGACGUGCCACCUCAUUGCUAUGAGUUCCGCAUGCUACAACCCAUUUAUCUAUGCCUCUCUUCAUGACAAAUUCCGUUUCCACCUCAGGAACUACUUCUUUCAUCACAAGAAAAGAGCGAAUACCAUGUCCACCAAGAAUUCGAGACACAACACCUGCUCAACGUUGGCUGACAUUCCGGUGGUUCUCUCGGAGAAGAUGGUUUUGCAUGGGCGACUGUAAUGUGAUGGAAUAGAAAUUAAUGGAAUUUGGGUGCCAUUACACCCCGGCAAUGAGUUUUACAGAAAAGUACUUUUUUCAUAAAGGUGUGAGCAGAAACUGAUGGUGGCAAAAGUAGGAUCUGAUUACAUAGGACAUUCUGCAUACUAUAGGUCUAUGUAUGACCUGAUAUUCACUUGGAGAGAAAGGGCAGAACAUUCUGUAAACCGGAAAAGCAAAUGGUGUCAAAGGUGUCAUAAAAUCUUUGAAAUGAGAAGAUAUUACGCAAAUUUAAUGAGGCAGCAAUAAGUAGAGCUCAUGCCAUACAUACUUUUUGCCUAUUGUUGUAAUUAGGAAAUAUGUAUGGUUUUUGUUAAUUCUCCUUCUACAUAUAUGGAACCUGUUAUCCAGAAUGCUCUGGACCUGGGGUUUUCCAGAUAACGGAUCUUUCCGUAAUUUUGAUCUUCAUACCUUAAGUCUAAUAGAAAAUCAUUUAAACAUUAAAUAAA